AUGGCUCAGCUAUCUGACACCUGGGGCCCGGAGUCACAUGCCAGGAAACUCAACACUCUUGGGGCCCGGCCCCCAACUUCCAGCAGCUACGAACAAACAGGGCUUCUAGAGGAGGAAGCGAAAAAGCUGAAGUCACCCAGGCCUGAGAGAACCCUGAAAGGAAGGCCCCGGCCCACAGAGAUCCCCACGGAGGACCUCCGGAAGAGAGAGCUGGCAGUGGGGAAUGGAAUUUUUUUGACUCAUUCUUCCUUGUGGGGGCUUUUCUUCCCCAGAUCCUACUGCACUCCAGGACUAUGCCCAUCUUUGGCCAUGCUCCUACAAGCCGGUCACCUCCUGUCUCUGCUGCUGGCGCUAGGCACAGGUGGCACUGUGCCCAGCCCCUGGGUACCUCCUCAGGGCUGCUACGUGGCAGAAGAAGCUGGUGAGAGGACAUUCCGCUGCAGCCAGGCAGGCCUGAGUGCUGUGCCCGCCGGCAUUCCCAAUGACACCCGCAAGCUCUACCUGGAUGCCAACCGGCUGGCAUCAGUGCCAGCUGGAGCCUUCCGGCACCUGCCUGUCCUGGAGGAGCUGGAUCUGUCCCAUAAUGUCCUUGCCCACCUCUCAGGGGCUGCUUUCCAGGGCCUGGCAGGCACUCUGCGCCACCUCGACCUUUCUGCCAACCAGCUGGCCUCGGUGCCUGUGGAGGCCUUCGUGGGCCUGCAGGUCCAAGUGAAUCUGUCCGCCAACCCAUGGCGCUGUGACUGUGCCCUCCAGGAGGUGCUCAGGCAGGUGAGGCUGGCUCCGGACACUGGAACAGGCAUCGUGUGUGGCCCAGGGGCCCGACCAGACUUCGUGGGGCAGCAGUUCCUGACUCUGGCAGGGGAGGAAGAGCUGUGUGGGACGGGGCGGGGCGGGGCCCAGCGGAGCACUGAUGUGGCCCUGCUGGUCACCAUGGGGGGCUGGCUGGUGCUCGUGGUGGCUUACCUGGCCCACUACAUGUGGCAGAACCGGGAUGAGACCCGACGUCCCCUCAAGCAGGCCCCCGUGGUGCCCGUGCGCUCUGAGGACUCCUCUACCCUCAGCACAGUGGUCUGA